AUGUCGGCAUACAAUGGAAUAGGCGCAUAUGAUAGCCAGACAUCGGCAGAAACAAAGCAGGAGGGACGGAAGUGGUUUUUCCUCUUCCAAAUCUUCUAUUGUGCCACCACCGUUCCAAUCAAAUCUUCCAUAUGCAUCAUGCUGAUACGCCUCACUCCUUUCACCGUCUACCGUUACAUUCUAUACGGCGUCAUCAUCUUCAGCACCCUCUCUGCGUUUUCCACCAUCGUUGGGAUCCUGGCCCUGUGUACUCCGGUAGCCAGAACAUGGGAUUUUAACCUGCAGGGUCACUGCGGUCCGCCAGAAAUUCUCACGAGAUUGGGAUAUUUCAUCUCCGCCUCAUGCAUCGUGUCUGACUGGUCGUGUGCCAUCAUGCCCAUAUUCAUCCUCUGGAACAGUCAAAUGAGAUGGUUGAUGAAGAUUUCGGUUGGAGUUGUCCUGGCACUCGGUGUCUUAGCCAGCACGGGAAAUCUGAUACGCUUCCAGUAUGUCAUCGCAUACGAAAAUACGACCAACUAUUAUUACGGGAUCGCAAAUAUUGCAAUCUGGUCGAUCGUCGAAUCGGGAACUGGCAUCAUCGCUGGAUCGACACCUGCAUUGGCACCCUUGAUCAAGCAUAUACCAAUCAUCGGUAAGGGAUUUACAAAUCCCGAGGGUGGCCAGCAGGAUCCUAAGAAACGAUGGCGACUGCGACAUAUCACAAACACCUUUCCUUCGAGAUUUAAAACGCACGAAUCUACGCCACAGCCGACGGAUAGUCAAAGUGGCCAAACCGCCCAAACCGUCAUGACAUCGGGAAAUAGUUCUGGGGCGGCCAGGUGA